CACAAUAAACUGGUAUGAGACUCUUUUGAGUCCCUGUGUGAAACGGCACUAAGCAAUGACAUCAUUGCAUAAGAAAAAGUUUUUGUUGAAAUUUGUUUUAUAAUUUUGUGAACCCCGUAUUUACUUCAUUUAUUUAUUCGUUCCAACUAUUUUAUAGGAUUGUUUUGAAUACAUUGCAUUCAAUUUAGUUCGAGCUGCCGUCGAAAUUUCUGUACAUUUAUAUUGUAAUAUGUCUUCCAAAAAUGUUAUUGACAUGCAGCAAGAGUUUGCUAACAAAAAUGUGCGUCGAUCCCACUUGCCUGUGUCUACAAUCCUUAUUUUAGUGGUUGAUAAAGAUGUCAUAGAUAUUUCGAACUGCGAAGAAUUCAAAUGUCAUAAUGUCAUCACCAAGCUUAGAAAAAUCGCCGAUGUCGAUAGCAGAACUUUUACAGACGAAAAUGGCAACAUAUAUCUUGAUUGGGAGUCAUACAAGAAUAAAAAUACGUUGGAAUGUGGUAUUAUGGUUGCGCCAUUGAACGGUUAUUACGAAUUUGAUGAAGCUGGAAAAGUAAAACUAGAAUUUAGCGAAACCCCAACCGCUUCUAUAAAACCCAGUGAUGUAGUAAGAUCUACGAUUCGCGAGGUACAACAAGAUUUUGCAAUGGACGCUAGUGGCAGUUCACAAACAAUAUAUGUAUUGGUCACAAAUUCGAAUAACUUGGAAGUAGCUGAAAAUUCGCGAGACUUUAGUUAUCAUCCUGUGAUGCGUUCCGAACGAAAUGGAACAUUUGUAGACGAAGAUGGUAACAUUUACAAAAAUUGGGAGGCUUACAAGAGUGAGAACAAAUUGAAUGCUGGUAUUUUAGUCGCCCCCACAAAUGGACAUUACAGCAUAUCUGAAAAUGGGCAAGUCAAUCUUGAAGCUUGGAAAACGGCAGCUAUAAAUAAGCCAAACAUAAAUAUCAGCCGGCAAUCUAGCUAUAACGACAGCAACAGCCGUCAAUCGGUUACGAUUCAUGAAUAUCAUUGUAAUAUGGCGCGAAAAAGUAGUGAAAUCGUUAAUAAUAGUAGCUGGAUUUAUGUGCUAGUCACAAAAAUAACUAACAAGCAUGAUGCCAUAAAUUCAAAAGAGUUUACAACUCAUAAAGUGCUAAGGAGACAAAAUGCUACAACUGAAGAUUACGUUUUCAUAGACGAAAAAAAUAACAAAUAUUUAUGUUGGGAAUUAUAUAUGACGGAAAAUAAUUUACCAGAAGGCAUUAUGGUUGCUCCUCUAAAUGGUAUUUACAGCUUGAAUGAGGAAGGAAAUGUUGACUUAGAGAUAUGUUUUACGCCGGCUUGCAUGCCAAGGUCAACAGAAAAAUCAAAUGAUAUUCACUUGAGCAACAUACAACAAUAUGCUGCAUUAAUAAGUAAUGAAGAGGAUUACCUGGAGAAGUACUGUCACGCCAACGACCUCCACACGGAAUGGUGCAGCACGGACUGCAACCCACGGGUUAAAUCGGAAGGUGAAGGUAAAAUACCAGUCAAAUCGAUACAAGACGGUAUAGUGGUUGAGUCACUUAAUAGCAAUUACACACUGGAUGAAAAGGACAAUGUAAAUUCAUACAUUCAUCAAAUUCAACAGCUGACGUCAAAAACAGAAAAAAAAGAAAAGAAACCGCGAACAAUUCGGGAAGUGCAGCAAGAUUUUGCAAACAACAGCGGUUUCAAGAAAGAAAUCAUUUGGGAUUUGUACACUGUAGAACAAAGUAAAAUGUUGAAGGACAAAUUAAAGAAUCUAAUUCCUGAUCAAAAUAAAGGAAAUAGAAAAAUAGUGGAAAUGCGAAAAACUAUAUUUGACAACGUUUGGGCACAAAGAAAAUACACUAACCGAAAUUCUUUGAGUGCAAUUAUUUAUGUGUUUGUGACCGAUUGUGAUAUUAAAAGACUCGCUAUGGACGCUAAAAAAUUCUCUUGUCAUCCCGUUUUUAGAACACGAAAAUGUACAACUGCUAGCGAUAGUUCGCAUUGUUGCAUGAUAUUCAUUGAUGAACUGGGGCGUGUUUAUAAAAAUUGGAAAGCAUAUUUGGCUAAUAAUGAACUACCGAGUGGCUGGAUGGUUGCACCGCGUAACGGUAUUUAUACAACUGAUAAUGACGGACAUGUACAAUUGGAGGUGCAUAUUACACCGAAUGGUAGCGACGCUAAAAAAGCACUGCAUUUCGCAGACACAGCGACAGCUGUAGCCGGAUUUGGUGCGGCUACAAUCCCAUUAGCAGCAAUGAUGAUCACAAUGGCACCGGCUGUAAUAGUUGGUGCUGGUACUGUUUGUGUUACCACAGCGGUAUACUCAGCCAUACGCUCAGCAUUCAAUUUACUAGAUCGUAAAAAUCAUCAACAGUCCAUCGCGUUCGAUAACGCGCAAGCGAGAAAUGCUUGGAUAGGUGUUGGAGCUGGUGUUGUUGGUGUAGGUGCAUCGCGUGCUACGAAUGUUAUGACAAAAGCCGCUGCUGCCGGAAAGGAGAUAUCGUUGGUUACCGAAAUAAUUGUCAACGGUAUGAACAUUUCAUCCAUUGUAUUAUCCGGAACCGGAGUAGCAAAUGGAAUUCUAGAUCUAAUAAUUAAAGUUUGCGAUGAUGAGGAAGUGACAAAUUUGGAACUAUUGCAAUUGGCCUCCUCUUUGGUACUCUUCACACAUUCUGUAUCGAAUUUUCGUAUGGCAUCAACACUAGUAAAUGACACACAUAACACCACAAUACAGGACUACCGAAAGUCCUUAAGUAAUCGCCAAAGAAAAAUAUUUGAUAAAAUGUCAAAGGAAACAGUUCGUAUCAAAGGCGCACAACAAGGAAAAAUAGAUAUUAUACGUGGCGCUAAUGAUAUGCCCAGCAAACAAUAUCUAAAUGAUCUCUACAAAAUUAACAAGAAAUUAAAUGAAGCUAAGGUGCGACCUGCAUUCGGUGCAGGUGGGGAAGGAGUCGUGCUCAAUAAUGAUGUGGCAGUUAAUACCAACGACUUACGCAAUAAUCUUCAACAUAAUCGUGGUCCUAAUGUGCUAAAUACGGUUAACAAACCAAUACCUACAGCACAUGCUGAAGUAAAUGAGGUUAACAAUGCCAAAUUGCUGUUCUCAAAUGUAAACAAUAAUAGCCAAUCGGCACAACCAAGCGCGCUCGAAAUCGGCAUGAGUAAGAUUUUGCUUCCGAAUAAUGUCUUAAUUUUAUUAAGCAAAUAUGGUUCGCGAAUUUAUGAGAUUAUAUCUAAUCCUGGCAGCUUUGAUGACAUAAUAACUACCAUGGCUAAUCAUUUUUCAGAGGAAACAUUUGAUUUCCUAAUGAAAGUGGCACAAGAAUUUGUUGAAACAAAAUUAGAAAGGAUAAGGAAUACAAUACAAGUUUUUAUACCCGCCGAGAAUAUACUUUAUCGCAUUUAUUUGUACGUUAUAGACGAAUGUAAAGCACAAACAUUUAAAUACUUAUAUACCAUAAGAGAACAAAUAUUGAGCGCUUUAAGUGAGUACUAUUAUUCACUUAAUCCGAAAAGUUAUUUAAUACCGCGCGAAUGUAAUAUUUGUGGCGGUUUUUAUUCAAUAUGCAAUUUAUAAAUUGGCGUUGGUAAAACGCACAACGAAAUCUAAAUACCAUUGAGGCCUUAAUAUCAAGCACUUUAAUGUUGCAACUAUUUACUAAAUAAUAUGUUUAUAUAAAAUUGUACUCUACACUUACAAGCAUGUAUAUUAUACAAAUAAAAUUUAUUCUGAGUACG